AAUUUUCUGAUGCAAUCCAGCACUUUUUUCAUUAUAUCCUUCCGCAGAUUAAUGUAGUAUCAUCGUAUAAAGAAUAUAUCAUUAAUUUUACUAAAGUGGUAGUCAGUAACAUUUAUUUAAUUUCAAUACAUUGUUUCAAUCUGCGAAUUUAAGUCAAAAUAUAGCAACUUUAUUUAACAGUUUAAUAAUUACGCAAAACCGCGGAGUGAUAUCACCUUCAACCUUGUCGAUAUUCCACAAGCACCUUGCCGUAGAUACCAUUCUCAAUGAUACGUCUCAGAAAGUAACACGAAGUUUCCUUACCAGAUAUUUCUGGCGUGAAAGUUAUCAAAAUGGCUGCCUAGUAUUAGAGUGCAACCCCACCGUGUCAAAGCACUUUGCUUUGCACCAAGUUUACAAUCAUCAUGGCGUCCCUCAACGUUUCUUCUCUGCUUGCCCUGGCAAUAGCCACAGGAUUCCUCGCACCUACAGAAAACAUUAGAUUAUCAUUCCCUUCAUCAAUUUCCUUAGAAGAUUCUUCUGAUGACCGAUAUGGAGUUGUUCGACAUGGAAUUGCUUCGCUCCGAAUUUCUGACGAGCGACCUGGCUGGGUCGUUCCCUCAGAGUUUGGGCGAUGAUGAUAUAUAUGGGUUGGGAACUCUGUUCCCAGGUGACACCCAGAGCCCGGCCAAGGGUCUCCAGCCAACUUCUGGUGUGCUUGACGAGUUUCUAGCACCAAGCCCAGAAGAUCCCCUUGGUGAACAAUGGAUGGAGAAUUCUGCCUUCGAUCUGGAGCAGGCUUUUGGUCUGACGGACCUUGGAGAUGUGCUUACUACUGCACCGGCCGCAGAACCAGCCCCUGUGGAAAGCCCAUCAUCUCCAAAACCAAAAAACUCGGGCAUCCUGCACGAGUUAUUAGUUCAGCCAAUGCCUCUUUUGGCUCCAGCAAUCGAAUCGGAACAAAAACCGACCAUCGAUAUUGACUUGCUAGAUUGUGUCACUGAAGUGAAAGACUGCGAUGUUGCAGAAGGCAUUUUGUCAUUACUGGAUCAAAACGAAAGAGUGCAAGUUGAACAUGUGCAACCGGAAACAUCUUCGAUUGAAUCUGUAGACUCAAUAAUUGAACAGUUCAUUACAUCACCGUUGUCGGUUGAUGAGGUUGAAAACUUCUUGUCUGGUUCAGAACCAGCAAGUCCAGAACCAGAAAGUGUUGAACAAGGUGAUGAUCCAGACUAUGUUCCCGGUCAUAGUGAUGACAUAAUAAGCCCUCCUAAGUCAAAGUCUAGUAGCAGCAAGGCAAAGAAAGCAUCCACGUCGAGAAUUAGGGCAGAACCAUAUGAAAUUCCCACUGAAGGACUAUCAAAAAAAGAACGAAAGAAGAUUCAAAAUAGAAAUGCCGCUAUUCGAUAUCGUGAGAAAAAGCGCGGUGAAAAAGUAAAUGUAAAAACCGAGGAAGAGGUGUUAUUCGAAACCAACAAAAACCUACAUGACAAAGUUGACAGUAUUUCUCGUGAAAUCAAGUACAUGAAGGAUUUAAUGACGGAAGUGUUCAAGGCAAAGGGACUCAAGAUUUCAUUUAAAUAGUCGGAAGGGAAUGGGGGUGGUUAUUUAUUAUCAUCAAUAUCAUCAUUUGUCUGACUGGCCAGUCAGAUACACUAAAUUUGUUGUGAAUAAAAAUUUGAUGUUAAUUGAAA